AUGGACAACAUCACCUCCUUCUUGUUCUCUCUCACAGCUCUAAACGACUCCAACAGGUCUGGCAGGAUUACUGUAUUUUCCUUUGCCCUCCCAGGCUAUUUUCUGACUGUUUUUGUCAAUUCAGUCUUGAUUUUUAUAAUUGUUUUGGAGAAAGUUCUUCACCAGCCCAUGUACAUUUUUGUGUGCAAUUUAUGUAUAAAUGGAUUAUAUGGGGCCACAGGAUUUUAUCCACCCUUUCUGUAUUAUUUACUUAUUGAAACCAAUGUAAUCUCUCUGGGAGAAUGUGCCAUCCAAAGUUUUGCCAUGUUUACCUAUGCAAUAGGUGAGUUUACUAAUCUGAGUGUAAUGGCAUUUGAUAGGUACUUAGCAAUAUGUAAACCUCUGUACUACCAUACUGUUAUGACAUCUAUCACUGUUUGGAGGCUGCUGACUUUUAUUUGGAUGUUUCCAUGCUGUACUGCAAUACUGAUACUACUGAUGGCACUCAGGUUUCCAUUUUGCAUGAACCAGAUAGACAAAUUGUACUGUGAAACCUGGGACUUGGAGAGACUGUCAUGCAGAGUGGACAUUGCUCAGUUUGUGAUCAAUGGAAUUUUAACAUGCUCUGUUAAUGUUCUGGUGUGGUUUAUAUUUUUUUCUUACAUAAAAAUAAUCAUUGCUUGUAAGCACUCGGUUCAAAAUCACAAGAAGUUCAUGACUACAUGCCUGCCACAUUUGAUAGCGUUUUUAAACUAUGUGCUGUGGUCACUUUUUAAUAGCUUGUAUGCACGGUUUGGUGGUGGCAGUAUGCCGCAGGCUUUUAAAAAUUUCAUUUCAGUUUCCUUUGUGGUUAUUCCACCACUGGUCAAUCCCAUAAUAUAUGGGAUUGUACUAACUCCUAUCAGGACUAAGGCAAAGUAUAUG